CCUCUGCGAGCCUAGAGCCGCCGCGCUCCCGCCGCCGCCUCCACCGCCGCCGCCGCGGGCUCCUCCACGGCCGCCGCCGCCGCGCCCUGACGUGUGUGUCAUAUCACAUAAUGGUCAGGAUCCCAGAUACCUGUCCCUGAUAAGCAGGAGGAUGAAGAUGAAAACGGUGAUGAGGACAGCUCCACCAACUUAGUGAGCCUAGAACUUGUCCAAAGCCAGGGGUUUGCAAAUCUGGACUUACUGGCAAGUCCACUCAUUUUCCAUCAUCCUCCCUGAUCUACUUUGUGAUGGGCCCAGGACAGGAGCCAGCAGAGAGGAAGAGAUGACAAAGAGGGGAGGCGACCUCAGCGACUGAGGAAACAUGGCUGAGUUUAUGCGGCUGCAGAGCUGCCUGGCGCUGAUCCGCCUACGAAACCCGCCGGUCAACGCCAUCAGUGCAGCUGUCCUCCGUGGAAUAAAAGAGGGUCUGCAGAAAGCUCUAACAGACCAUACAGUAAAAGCGAUUGUGAUUUGUGGAGCAGAUGGCAUCUUCUCUGCAGGUGCUGAUAUCCGUGGCUUCAGCGCUCAUAGAACCUCUGACUUAACACUGGGAAGUGUCGUAGAUGAAAUACAGAGAAACGAGAAGCCUGUGGUGGCGGCUAUCCAACGGGUGGCUUUAGGAGGGGGACUGGAGCUGGCCCUGGGCUGUCACUAUAGGAUUGCCCAUGCAGAGGUUCAAGUUGGCUUCCCAGAAGUCACACUAGGAAUCCUUCCUGGUGCAAGAGGAACCCAGCUUCUCCCCAGACUUAUUGGAGUUCCUGCUGCACUGGACUUAAUUACCUCAGGAAGACAUAUUUCAGCAAGUGAAGCACUUAAGCUGGGUGUUCUAGAUAAAAUUUUAUACUCAGAUCCAGUUGAAGAAGCAGUCAAAUAUGCCCAUAAUGUUUCAGAUCAACCUCUGGAAUCCCGUAGAAUCUGCAACAGGCCGAUUCAGAGCUUGUCCAACAUGGACACCAUUUUCAGUGAAGCCCUUCUGAAGAUGCGGAAACAGUACCCUGGGUGCCUUUCUCAGGAGACUUGUGUCCGUGCAGUCCAGGCCGCUGUCCAGUAUCCCUAUGAGGUGGGCAUAAAGAAGGAGGAGGAGCUGUUUAUGUACCUUCAGAACUCCGGGCAGGCUAGAGCCCUGCAGUAUGCUUUCUUGGCUGAGAGGGCCGCAAAUAAGUGGUCCACUCCCUCUGGAGCAUCUUGGAAAACAGCAUCAGCACAGCCCAUCUCCUCUGUUGGCGUUCUCGGCUUGGGAACAAUGGGCCGAGGCAUCGUCGUAUCUUUAGCAAAGGCCGAGAUCCCUGUGAUUGCUGUAGAAUCAGACAAGAGGCAGCUAGAGACUGCAAACAAGAUAAUAACCUCCAUCUUGGAAAAGGAAGCAUCCAAAAUGCAGCAGAGCGGCCACCCUUGGACAGGACCAAAACCCAGGUUAACCACAUCUAUGAAAGAGCUUAGUGGUGUGGAUUUAGUCAUUGAAGCAGUAUUUGAGGACAUGAACCUGAAGAAACGGGUCUUUGCUGAACUGUCAGCCGUGUGCAAGCCAGAAGCAUUUUUGUGCACCAAUACUUCAGCCCUGGACAUUGAUGAGAUUGCGUCUGCCAGCAAUCGUCCUCACUUGGUCAUUGGCACCCACUUCUUCUCCCCAGCUCAUGUCAUGAAGUUGUUAGAGGUUAUUCCCAGCCGAUACUCUUCCCCUACUACCAUUGCCACUGUUAUGAAUUUAUCAAAGAAGAUUGAAAAAAUUGGAGUAGUCGUAGGCAAUUGUUUUGGAUUUGUUGGGAAUCGAAUGUUGUCCCCUUAUUAUAGGCAGACUUAUUUCUUAUUAGAAGAAGGCAGUAAACCAGAGGAGAUAGAUCAGGUGCUGGAAGAGUUUGGUUUCAAAAUGGGACCUUUUAGAGUGUCUGAUCUUGCUGGGUUGGAUGUAGGUUGGAAAUCCCGGAAAGGGCAAGGUCUUACCGGACCUGCGUUGCCUCCAGGAACUCCUGCCCGAAAGCGAGGCAGCUCCAGAUAUUGCCCAAUUCCUGAUAUGCUCUGUGAGUCAGGACGCUUUGGCCAGAAGACAGGGAAGGGUUGGUACCUUUACGAUAAGCCAUUGGGUAGGAUUCACACACCUGAUCCCUGGCUUUCCAAGUUUCUGACCCAGUACAGAGAAACCCAUCACAUUGACCCACGUGUCAUUAGCCGGGAUGAGAUCCUUGAGCGCUGCUUAUAUUCACUCAUCAAUGAAGCAUUCCGCAUCUUAGGGGAAGGGAUAGCAUCUACCCCAGAGCACAUCGAUAUUGUCUAUUUACACGGGUAUGGUUGGCCAAGGCACAGGGGUGGGCCCAUGUUCUAUGCGUCCACAGUUGGGUUGCCCACAGUGCUAGAGAAGUUGCAGAAAUAUCACAGGCAGAAUCCUGAUAUUCCCCAACUGGAGCCUUGUGACUAUCUGAAAAAACUGGCUUCGCAGGGAAACCCUCCUCUGAAAGAGUGGCAAAGCUUGGCAGGACUCCCCAGCAGUAAACUGUGAUUCAGCCUUUCAGGUUUUGCCUCACAUGCUGGCAUCAGGUAUUGCUCACUGAAUUUCACUGAAGCUAAAUCCAAAGAUCCAAAGUAAGAUUGUUCUGAAAUACAAAGCAAAAGAAAUCAUUGGCCGGCUACAACUCCUCUGUGGGUCUUCUGUCCGAUAAAGAUUCUAAUGGCUCAACUCUUAAGGCAUGUGCUUCCUUUGUCUGGGAAUCUGUCCCUAUCAGAUAAAUUAUUUCAAUUGCAGUGAACAAAUUUGUGUUAACACCAUGAUAGCUAAGGAGAGAGCCUCAGGAAUAAGUUGAGGUUCCCAAGUUCUCUGAUCAUUGGAGAAAUAUGUCAUCAGUUAUUAAGUGAUCAAUGCCUAAUUCACUUGAGCCCUUUCAGCUUCACACACGUAGCCCUGAUAGGCAAUCUCACGGGCCCUUCACUCACCAGACACUCACUGUGCCCCCCUGAGCAUCUUGCACAGCAGCGGUUGACAGACCUGGAGUCUGGAGGGGCAUUCAUGCAGCAAGGACGCCUGUGACAAAGUUCACUUCAGAGUCUCAAGGUGGAGUGGAGGUGGUUGACAGGGUAGAGUCAGCAGUAACGGUCUCUAUGAGUGAGCUUGGAAAGCUGCCCAGGGAGAGGCAGAGUCUCAACAGCAGAGCUGUGUUGACGUUCAGGCCAAGCAUGGUUGGGAGUUGGUGAGGAAAGCACAUACUCCAGGCCAGAAUGGGGCGGUCAGGGUCGCGUGGCAAGUCGUGCUCCAUGUAUCACUUCUGUCCAAGGCCCGUGCACAUAGUUGUCCUUGCUGCUUGCAAAGGGCUCAGUAACAUUUGAUGAUAGUUUCCUCCAGACCCCUGGAUGUCCACAACCUGGUCUUCAUGUACUCUCCUAUUUAAGCAGAAGUAAGGGAAAGUAGUAAGUUGUUGACUUAGUGUAAGAUGGGCUCUCAGGGAUCAAACCUCCUCUAAUUCUGUGGUAAAGUAAUAAUGUGUUUCCCAGUCAUGAGAAGCCUUUGUGAUGUUGGGUAUGAAAUGGUUGAGUCUUAACAAAUCUAAAAUUAUUGCCAAACAAAUUUUGUAUAAUUUUGUUAUAAGAAUUCUUCUCUUUUUUACUUGUUGCCUUACAUGGUUAAAAGUUGAGGGGCUAAUACACACCUUACUAAUAAGAAAAAAAGUAUCGAGUUGUACACUUUAAAUAUAUGCAGUUUAUUGUAUGUCAAUUGUACCUCAAUAAAAGUUCUUAAAGAAAAAAAAGUUGAGGGGCUCGUCAACACAAAACUUGUACACAGAUGUUUACAGCAUAAUUAUUCAUAAUAGGCCCAAAUUGGAAACAACCCUAAUGUCCAUCAACUGGUGACUGGAUAAAUAAAAUGUAGAAUAGCCAUGCAAUAGGAUAUUAUUUAGUCCUAAAGAGAAAUGAAGUGCUCUUACAUGCUACAGCAUGAUGCACCUUGAAAAUAUUGUGCUAAAUGAAAAAACAGGCAAAUCUAUUGAGGCAGAAAGCAGAUUCCAGGUUGCCUAAGGCUGGAAUGAGUGAGGGUGGGGAAUGGGGAGUAGCUACUAAUGGGUGCAGGGUUUCUUUCUGGGUUGAUGAAAAUGUCCUGAAAUUAUGCUGGCGAUGGUUGCAUAACUCUGUGCACCUACUAAAAACCAUUGAGCUGUGUGCCUUAAUUGUGUGACCUGUGUGCUGUGUGAACUAUAUGUUAAUAAAGUUACUAAAUAAGUAAACAAAGAAACAAAUGGGCUUAGGUUAGUGUCUUUUGGGGUGAUGUAAAUGAACUGUUUUUUACAGUAGUUUCACCAUUGAACCCCAACAAAAUUACCAAAAGUUCUGAUAAAGAAAUAUUGAAAGAAUAUAGUACAAUUUUUCUAUUGUAAAAAACAAGCCAAAAAAACUUCUAGAGGUUGCUUUGAAUUGUAGUUUAAUUUAGAAUACUUUUUGAGAUGUGUAUUGCUGGAUUUUCUAUAAAUUGGUCCUUGAAAUGAAAAACAUCAAUAGAAGAAAUUCCUGAAAAUAUUAACUCUGUCUCCGAAGUGACUUGGUUUCAAAUUAAUGUAAACUUAUUUCAAAUUUUCCUUCUUUAGACCUUGAGUAGAUUUCAACUUUGAGGUUUUGUUUUGUUUUUUUUUUCAGUUCUUAAAACUUAUUUUCAUCCUACCUUCUCCUCUAGAUUGGGGUUUUGAAACUAUAGUGUCUGUGAAUAGAUUUUGAGUCAAUAAUCCCUGAAAUCUUAUGCUAGUAUUUGUGUAUAUGUAUCUGAGUGCAUUUCUUAGAAAAGGUGCCAUAUCUUACAUCGUAUUCUCUGAAGUGUCUAUGACCCAAUAAGUGUUAAGGACCAAUACUUUAUAUAUUGAUAUAAAAUGGGAAGAAGAAGCGUGAGUUCAUUUAUCCUUAUUUUGUAUCAAAGGAGGAAAAAGUGAUUCAAACUGUUGGAUCCGACAAACAACAGUGGUUGAUGUGAAGAAACCUUUCCAAGACAUCCUGUCCCAUUAUUGAAAAUGCACU